UUGUAUUGAAUAAUGAGAUUUAAAGGGAGACUCACUUUAGGACUUUAAUACUCUUAUUGUUUGUAGUGUUUAAACACAUAUUUACUUACAUUUAACCAAAUUUUCAGUGAUUUUUGAUUGAAUUGAUUUCUAAUUAAAUUGAGUCCAGUUAUUGACAAUUAAUCCAAACAAUGAUCACUACAAGACAUCUCAAAUGUUUAUACAUUGUCUCAAAACAAAUGAGAUUACUAUCGACGACAGCCUACACUCAUAUCAAUGUUGGAGUAAAGGGAGAGAAACAAAACAUCGGUUAUAUUCAAUUGAAUCGACCGAAAGCUUUGAAUGCGUUAUGCGAUGGACUCAUGCAUGAGGUGUCCAAAGCUAUGGAUGAGUUUGAGGCCGACUCUCAAAUUGGUGCCAUUGUUUUGACCGGAAGUGAAAAAGCGUUCGCAGCCGGUGCUGACAUUAAGGAAAUGGUUGACAAAUCUUUUAAAGACUGUUUCACAACCAACUUCUUGAGUCAUUGGGAUCGUGUGUCCCGAUCUCUAAAGCCAGUUAUAGCAGCAGUUAAUGGAUACGCCUUAGGCGGAGGUUGUGAAUUGGCUCUCAUGUGUGACAUAGUGUAUGCCGGAGACAAUGCCAAGUUUGGUCAGCCGGAGAUUCUUAUCGGAACCAUUCCAGGUGCCGGCGGAACACAAAGAUUAGCCAAAGUUAUUGGCAAAUCACGGACUAUGGAAAUGGUUUUAACCGGUCAACAGAUCACUGCUCAAGACGCCGCAAAUUGGGGAAUAGUUAGUAAAGUGUUUCCAACAGACAAAGUUGUUGAGGAAGCCAUCAAAUUAGGUGAAAGAAUCUCAAAGAAUUCAAAGAUAAUUAAUGCCAUUUGCAAAGAAUCUGUUAAUAACGCUUAUGAGACAACUUUAAAGCAGGGGUUGGCUACUGAAAAACGGUUAUUUCACUCGACAUUUGCAACUAAUGACAGAUCUGAAGGCAUGAAAGCAUUUACUGAGAAAAGAGCCGCAAAUUUCAAAGAUGAAUAAAAAUUAUUAAAAUGACAUUUAAUGUAAUCUUUUAGCAUUUAUUUUGGAAAUUAUUGAUACAAUUAUUUUUCAAUAAAAUAUUUUUCUAUUCA